AUGGAAGGGUAUAUAAAUGAAUAUGAAAUUGAAGAUGAUGAUGAGGUUCAAAGAAAUUUGAAGCAUUUGAUAGAAUCAGAUUAAUCUGAUUUCAACAAGACUUAUUCCUAAGCAUGGAGAAAGGAACUUAAAGAAGGAGAUAUGAUUGAUGUCAGUUUAGAGAUACCAAGAUCUUAAGGUGAUUAUGAAUGGGUCCAAGCUAAGAUUGUAUCAGUAGGAAACGAUGAAAUUCUUCAACUAGAUUUUAUUUUCGAUAAAUGGUAACAAAAAACAAGGAUCAGCAUGUGGUCUGUCAAAAUUGAGUAGUUUGGAAUACAUACAAAAGAGACAAAGUAUACUGUGAGUAAGGUAAUAAAAAGAAUGAAAUGGGAUCAUACAUUGGCUGGUCAUCUGAUUUUGAUGAAUGGAUUCCCCUCUAUUCUCUUCUAAUAAGGCCAUUGCUUACAUAAUCCUUGA